UGCUUUGGUCGUGAAAAAAACUUUCCUAGAUUCGCUGCUAACAUGUGGAAAUGCAGUAUGCGUUUUAUCUAGGGUUAUGGUGUAAUUUUAAUGAAUUUGAUUGUAAAACACAUACUUUUAUAUUUUCAGUAUGUUAACAGUGAUAUUCCAUAUAAACACCUUACGGUUCGCCGUACCAGCUGUGGCGUUAAUGGGUGUUGGACCACAGUAUUUAACGCUAAUCCUAGGCUGGCGAUUAGCCUCUGUGUUAUUGCCAACGAGCUGGUUCCGUGCGGGUGACGAUUGCAUAUGGGGAACAUACCAACGAUUCAUUGAGUUCUUCUUUGAACAUUGUACAGGCGUGGAGGUUGUGUUGUCCGGUGAUGUUGAUGACCUUAAGAAGGAGAAUGUCUUGUACCUGUCCAACCACCAGAGUACAAUGGAUUGGAUCAUCGCUGACAUGCUGGCCAUCCGUGCCGGCUGUCUUGGAAGAAUGCGAUAUGUCUUGAAGGAUGGUCUAAAAUAUAUGCCCUUAUAUGGUUUCUACUUUGGCUUGCAUGGUUGCAUCUAUGUGAAGAGGAGCAAUAGGUUUGAUCAACGCAAUAUCAACAGAUGUAUGCGUCAGCUUGCAAGCUUUGAGAAACAUAAAACACCUGUCUGGAUGGUUAUUUUUCCUGAAGGAACAAGAUACAACCCACAAAAGCUAGAAUUAAUGACUUCCAGCCAGGAAUUUGCUAAGAAAAAUGAUUUAGAGAUACUUCAUAACGUUCUGUCACCGAGAUUUCGUGCAACAAAUUUAUGUAUACAAGGUCUACGAAAGCAUUAUGACGCCGUAUAUGAUGUCACAAUAGCAUAUGGCGGCACAGGUGAACAGGUGGAUGGUGAGGUCGAUGUGGUUAACAGGACAACAGCACCUUCUAUACCAGAUUACCUGAUGGGACAGUGUUCACGUGUGCAUAUUCAUCUUAAACGACGCCCUCUGGAUGAAGUUCCAGAUGAUGAGGAAGGGGUACACAGGUGGCUGCAUGGCAUCUUUGAAGAGAAAGACAGGAAGCAGAAUAAUGCAAUUAUUUCCACAACUGACUUUGACCAAAACCAAACUUGA